UUUUAACUGUCCACGUGUAAUUUUAGUACCACCUCGCCAUCCGGCUCGGACGCGGUGCCACCGGCGGGUCCCCUCCGAACCCCGAGACGCCACCGGGUCUGCCGGCCAGGCUCGCCGGGAUCGCGAGCCCAGGAUGGCGGCCAACUUCUGGACGUCGUCGCACUACAAGCAGCUGCUGGACCCGGAGGACGUGGACGUGGUGCCGGUGGCGGACCGGGAGCGGGGCAUCACGCCGGAGGAGUUCCGCCUCGUCAAGAUCCACAUGUCCUUCCGACCACUUGUGUAUUUUUGGGUGUCUCACAAAGUAGAGCAUUUGAUGAUUUCAGAUAUCUGGCGAUUGGCGCAGCAGGUGAAAGUUAGGCAAAGAGUUAUAGCUACGGCAAUCACCUACUUCAGGCGUGUGUACACAAGAAAGAGCAUGACAGAGUAUGAUCCUCGUUUGGUUGCACCUACUUGUUUGUAUUUGGCAUCAAAAGUGGAGGAGAGCACAGUGCAAGCACGGCUUCUUGUUUUUUACAUAAAAAAGAUGUGUGGUUCUGAUGAUAAGUAUCGGUUUGAAAUUAAGGAUAUCCUUGAGAUGGAAAUGAAGCUCCUGGAAGCACUAGACUACUAUUUGGUUGUUUUCCAUCCAUAUCAUCCUCUCUUACAGUUAUUGCAGGAUGCUGGCAUAACAGAUCUGACACAAUUUGCCUGGGGCCUUGUUAAUGAUACUUACAAGAUGGAUCUUAUUCUCAUAUACCCACCCUAUAUGAUUGCACUUGCCUGCAUAUACAUUGCAAGUGUUCUUAAAGAUAAGGACACCACUUCGUGGUUUGAGGAACUCCGUGUUGACAUGAACAUUGUCAAGAAUAUCGCAAUGGAAAUUUUGGACUUCUAUGACACCUACAAGAUUGAUCCUCAAAGGGGCUUCCCUGAGGAUAAGAUUAGCCCUGUGAUGAACAAGUUGCCGGCGAAGGCUUAACUUGGAUUUGGCGCCAUUUCAAACUAUCUCAGCCUGAGCGUCUAACCACCUCACACCUCCAUGAUGGGAGUGCGUGUGUAUGUAUGUGUCACAUGUAUUUAGACCGACCUCUUAAACUGGCAAAUUCGAAGUAAGCCAUAAUAUCGGGUGUGCCCAGUUAUCUGAA